UUUGAAAUAUAUUUUGGAAAUUUUAUAGGUACAUCAAUAAUUAUUCAAAAAGCUAAUUUAGAAGAGAGAACAUCUCUUGACAAUCCAUCAGCGAGCCCUUCAAUGGAUCAAAUUCUAGUGGAUAUACAUCUUGGACAUUCUCUUCGUCAAGGCGUAAUGGGUUUUUGUUAUGACUGCGGAAAAGCUUGUUUUAGAAGGGGUAAGUAUAUUCGUAGUUGUACAAGAUUUAAAUGUCGUUGCAGUAUUAGUGACAUUAAAUAA